CACCCCCUCCCCCCAAUUGCUCUCUCCCACCACGCCCUCCUUCUCUCGCCCUCCAUCCUAUCCACGAUGGUCUCUUCGACGUCCGUGGCGAGGCUGGUCGCCUACCGUCGUGCUUCGCCCGCUGUGCUGUCCUGCUUUCGCCCUGUGGGCUCCACCGCAAACUUCUCUUCCUCAGUCGUCCGGGCAGCAACCCCCGUGGGCCCUCCCCAGCCUGGAUUCCGCCUGCCUCCCCCGAAGCGAUGGGACCAGGGUGCUGAGUCUUCCCUUGACAAGGCCACCAAGUACUUCCUGAUGGCCGAGCUGUUCCGUGGCAUGUAUGUUGUGCUGGAGCAGUUUUUCAGACCACCCUACACUAUCUUCUACCCCUUCGAGAAGGGCCCGAUUUCCCCCCGUUUCCGUGGCGAGCACGCCCUGCGCCGCUACCCGACCGGUGAGGAGCGCUGUAUUGCCUGCAAGCUCUGCGAGGCCAUCUGUCCUGCCCAGGCUAUUACCAUUGAAGCCGAGGAGCGCGAGGACGGCAGCCGCCGCACAACUAGAUAUGAUAUCGACAUGACCAAGUGCAUCUACUGUGGAUACUGCCAGGAGAGUUGCCCUGUGGAUGCCAUUGUUGAAACCUCCAACGCCGAAUAUGCGACGGAGACCCGUGAGGAACUUUUGUACAACAAGGAGAAGCUCCUUGCAAAUGGCGACAAGUGGGAGCCUGAAAUUGCCGCUGCCGCCAGAGCCGAUGCUCCCUACCGGUAAAGGGGCGGAAUUGGGGCGAGGCAUGAAUCAAGGUCGGGGUAGCCUGAGAAUAUGAACGACUUUUUUUUUAACUGAAGGGGAAGAAAAGAAAAGAAGAAGAAAAGAAGCUAGGGGAAGUAGAGUUCGAUCCCCCUUUCUGGAUGGAAUAUCAGGAAGGCCCAUGAACUGGAUCACAGGUCUAACACCGAAUCCAUUCCAUCCUGUACAUAAAAUACCUGUGUUAUCUGCGUGUGAUCCUACCCAUGUACGAGUUGGUAUCAGGCGGGAGUUUCUACGGAAGGCCCCGCAUAUCAUUUUUCUUUUCAUUAUUUCAAUUUUUUUUU